AUGCUGACUUUGUUGUUCCUGAUAUGGUCGCUGAUUCGUGGUUUAAGGAACCGCGCUCAGAAACCGCUCAUGUCUCCCCCCGGCAGUCCUAUAGCGGAACGCACCCCCACCCCUAGUCCGGAGCCCACGUGCUCGCUUUCCCCCACUCCGUCGCCGGAGCCGGAGAUACUCAGCGAACUUUCCAACACGAGGAUUUCGACGGACAGUUAUCGCACUAGGUACUCGCCCUUCUCGCGCGAUUCGUCCGUCGACGUCGGCAACGACAGCCGCCCCUCCCUCACCAGCCUCUCCUCCUACUCCACAUCUUCGCGCCGCCAUGAGAUCGUUGGGCAGCGCUCGGUGGACUCGCGCGCGAGCAUCUCGAGUCUGUGGUCGUCGGACGCGUCUCGGCGUGGCUCCGAGGCGAUCAUUCCCGAGCACGAGGUGGACUCGACGAGCGACUCGCGGGGCUCGUUCGCCAGCGACGGGAGGAGGUAUUCGGAGGCCAAGCGGAGGAGGUCGUCGACCGCGCGGUCAGCGCAGGUGAGGAGGAGCGUGCGGAGGUUGCCGUUGAGCUACGACCGCAGGAGGACUACGGGCAGGUUGGUAGCAGGAAUGCCAGAGUUGAAUGGCGCCAUCAGCCCCGGAAGAAGCCCCCUCGACGGCGGAGGGGGUGGGGGCGCCUCCCCUUCGGCCGGCCUCGUGCUGCAGAACCUGCCGCAGCGGCGCGAGAGCUUCCUCUACCGGUCGGACAGCGACUUCGAGAUAUACAAGGAAACAGAAAACAUUUUGGAGAGAUCGUACGUACUUUAUUAG